AUGGCUGGAAAGAACGUUCUCGACGCAGAUAUCCCCGACCUGGACAUUCCUGACGCGCCCUUCCCCCCACCUCGUUCAGAGGCUGAUCCAAAGGCCGUUGAACACAGCCUUCCCGACGCCUCUAGCGAUGACCCCGAAAGCCCCCGCAGGAACCAUGGGGGCAAAUUCCCUCAGUCACGCCUACCAGUCCCUAAGAUACGCAUACACCCACCAACUCCUCAACUACCUCCAACAGUUCCCGAAGCCGCCAGCGAUACCCGCAAAGACUCAGCCCAAGACUUCCCCUUCGACCCCCAGCUCCUGAUCCCAGCCCCACCCCAGAUCUCCAAACCCAGCAGCACCCCGAGCGACGGCCACGACGACUCCCCCCCCGCCAUCGACCACAUCACCCUCUCGCCCAAAGCCCCCAAGCCCGAAUCGCUCCGAACCUUCCUCGACGACAUCCUCGACAACGCCUCCAAGGACCCCGACGCCGUCUCCAUGGCCGACACGCGCCGCCUCGUCGCGUACUGGCGCCGCGGCCAGUACGGCGAGGCGGGCGGGCCGGGGCUGGCGGCGCACUGCGGCGCGCUGCUGGGCUGGGCCACGGCCUUCGCGGCGGGGCCCGAAUCCGAGCCGCUGAUGACGCGCAUCGCCGCCGCGCAGUUCGACACGCCGUCGUGGGUCGACGCCGACAACCUCGGCCGCGCCUGCGUCGGCGUGUGGCGCAUCCUCGCGGACAUCCGCAUCCGCCCCUCGUUCACGUACGGCUUCGCCGCCCUCGCCUUCACGCCCCAGCAGCGCAGCGUCAUGGAUCUGCUGGGCGACUCGGUGCGCUUGUUUCUGCGCCGCCGCCGCCGCCGCCCCCGCAUGAUGGGAGCGGAUGCUGGCGCCGGCACCGGCCCCCCGCGGUUUCCGUUUUUCGCCCAGAAGUGGAUCGGCGAUGGCCAGAGCAGGGCGGAGGCGGAGCUGGAGAUGGCCAUGGCGGGGACGGCCAUGAGCGCGCUGCUGCAUCAGUUUUUCUGCGAGGACGCCCCGAUGAAUUUGUACAACUGCGAGGACUCGUCGUCGUUCACCAUGGUCGUGAGUCCCGAGGUGGCGAGGCUGUUUGUGCACUGGUCGGUCCAGGACGGGGCGAAGGACGUGCGGUUCUAUCACGACCAGGUGUUUGCGUGCUUGAUGGACGAUGUGAAGCAGGUGCAUCAGAUGAGGCUGCUUUUGGACAACAUCAAGGACUGGAAGAGGCAGGUCUUGUUGGGCUGUUUGCAGGAGGCGCUGGAUCUCAUAUACCAGGGGAAUGAGGAGGUUGUUGACUUGGACGAAGUUCAAGAGACGGUCGAAGGUGUGGUCGAAAGUAUAGAGGGAAAAGAAGAUGAGGACCCUAUGGAGGCCAAGUCUAGCGCACGUGAGGCGUACGAAAGGCGGCGGGCCGAGGCAGGGGAAUAUCUAGAGGUGAUUAGAAGGGAGUUGCCGAUGGAUGCCCAAGAUUUGGAAAAGGCAUUGGAAGAGCAGAUGAUGGUUGAUGCUGAGAAAGCCGCAAGGGAGGAGCACGAGGAAGGUGAGGUAACAGAAACCGUACAGGUCGAUGCUGAGGAGGAACCACUGACGGAGAAAGAAAAAUGGAGGAGAAUCAGAGAGGGAAAGACGCCCAUGGAUCCCGACCAGGAGCCACCUGAUUAUGCGCGGUCGGAUGAAGAAGAGUCGGACUAUGAGACAGAGUGGGAUCCACUUGUACACCCAACACCAGAAGAGUUGGACUAUGAGAAAGAGUGGAAUCCAUUUAGACCCCCAAGACCAAAACGGUCAGAAGAGUCAGAAGAGUCAAAAGAGUCAAAAGAGUCAAAAGAGUCAUCAGACUGGCAGAAAGACCAGCGGCAGCAUGAAGAGCCAAGUGAGCGACAAGUUAGACAAUCAAGUACAGGGCCAAGUGGACCGUACGUUGACAGACCGCCUACGCAGGAGGAAAGAGAGAGGGUGUAUUUUGGGCGCGCCAUCGAUGAGAUGGACGCGGUUGAAAAAGAGCGCGUCGAAAAGAUGCUAGUAGAAUGGCUCAAGGAUCCCGAGGACGUCGAUAAAGCUUGGAUAUCGUCGCGGGAGACUGGAAGCCAUGACCGGCCCGUUCCUCGAGGGCGCGCGAGGGAAAAAUCAAACGGAUUGCCUCGUGAUGGGUCCCAGACGCCGACUGGUAGCAAUAGGCAUAGCGGAGAAGAGGUGGACAUUGAGCACGACGAUGGUCCCUCAGAGAAACCGCCGCCACACUCAAGCGUGGAUGCCACAGAUGUGGUUGUCAGUCCAAAAGCUCAGACUUCCGGGCAGGCUGUUCCAGAGAGCGAUCUCGAACAAGAACUUGGCCAGACCAAAGCUGUCAUGAAGGUUCAAGAGCAAGCAGCCACUCCAGUCCCUAGGGCGCGCUCCUCCAAGACUACGACACCAAGUACUCGAGUUUUGAGGUCCGCAUCUAGGAGCUCGAGCUCAUCGUUGACUAAUUCAAAGAAAAAGACGAGAGAGCCCUCGGCAAACUCGGCCAGCUGGCAUGAAGGUGAUGAAAAGACUCAAAGAGGGCGGUCUGAGAAAGUACAAAGACAGGUGCACAGACGCCGUACCAAAGAGCAUCGGAGGUACAGUUCUAAGGAUUUAGAUGACUUUGAGGUUGAGGCUGGAGGUCCCAACCUUGACAGUGGAGGCUCCUCAAAAUGA